AUGGCAGUAGUCGCUGAAUUAUCACAAAUUUUGCAGUUGUUAAGUGAGAAAGCUAAGCAUGCAACGGAAGAAAUCACGCGAUUGAAACAGUUUAAUGAUAAUAUUUUGGUGAAUUAUGUUGAUUUUCAAGAACGACUGACAAUUCAAAUUGAUUCCUUGAUCGAACAGUUACAACAAAGAAAACAGAAACUUUUACAGUAUGUCGAGGAGGAAAAAGAGUAUAAAAAACGUGUAUUCAAAGAGCAAAUUGCGCGUUGUACGACAAAAUUAUCUAAAACAACUGCACUUAUACAGUUUUGUAUAGAAGUUCUCAAAGAACCUGACCCUGCCACUUACUUACAGGUAAGUGGUGCACUGAUCAAUCGUGUAACUACACAAGAAUUUUUAUGGCACAAGGAAAUGCAAACAACUCCUGAAGCUGAUCACGAAUUCAUAUUAAAUUUAGAUGCUAACAAUUUGCAAUAUUGCAUACAAACAUUGGAUUUUGCGCAAUUGAAAGAAAGUCCCAACUAA